CGUUAUUUAUAAUUCCCAGGUGAAGCAGCGAGACAAGGUGAGGCUAUUAUUCAGAAUGCAAACAAAAAUAUUUAAGAUUUCAAUUUUCAGCGAUACAGAAAGUCAUUAAGGUUUUGCAGAGGUUAACACGUCCGGCAAAAAAUUGAAGGACAAAAAUUUCGAACCCUAACUGAUUCCAUGCAAACUAUACCUAGAAUCGGUCUAUUUUCGCAGAGUUCUACCCGCAAUUAAUCGGCCAAAGAAAAAAUCGGCAUUUCUGGCGAUUCACGAUUAUUCACGAUUAAUCGCGACUCAAUGCCGACUUUUGCUUUUUUGGUUUAUAUCUCUAAUGUUAUUACCAAAUCCUUGUUCUAAGCACAGAGGGUGUUAAAGUGCCGCGUUAAGCUCAACAUUUUCGUUUUACAAGAACUGUAAAAGAUGUUAAGUGGUGUCAAAUUCUUUUCAAGAGGUAAAGUCAGCCAGGUAGAGCAUGAUUCAGAUUUGGAUUCUUCGACACCCCAAAAAACUAAGAGGCAGCACAAAUCUCGCAGAAAGUACUAUUCUUCAUCUUCUGAUAUCUCAGAACAAACAGAAUACAGGAAGCACAGGAAGAGAAGGUCGAAGAAAAAGGCCAAGUUGGAUUCUUCAUCAUCAUCUGAGAGUGAUUUCUCAGAGGAAGACAAAAAACAUAGGAAGAAAAGGUCUAAGAAGCAGGCCAAGUGGGAUUCUUCAUCAUCAUCUGAGAGUGAUUUGUCUGAGGAGAAACACAGGCAAAGGAAACAUAGAUAUAAAAAUUCUUCAAGGCAAAGGAAGGAAAAACAAGAAGCAAUCUUGUCAGAGGAUAAAGAGAAAACAGGUGCUAUGCGGGAAGAUACAGAAUUAGCUAGAAAAGAGAUGGGGUUGGAGUGGAUGGUCAGACCUUCAGAAAGACCUGACACACAUCAACAACCACAAGAACCAUCUCCAGAACUCCAGGAAGAAGAGGAGCCUAAAUUAAAUCCCAAGGAAUUGAACCCACACCUCAAGGGUGGGAGUUCUGGCCAUCUAGAAGAUGACGAAAAUGCAGCUCAGAAGUUGGGGAAAAGCCAGUUGCCACCUCCCUCAAUUGUUGGUGACGGAGGUGCUAGUUGGCGACUAAAAGCUUUGAAGCGAGCAAAAGAACAGGCAGCUCGAGAAGGGCGGAAGCUUGAUGAGGUUGUAGAAGAGCGUUGGGGUUCUCUUGCUCAAUACACUGCAUCUGUAGCGACUACAAGAGCAGCUUCCGCUCAUUCUCAUUUGCAUGCUAUUAGGGAGAGGAAAGGGGAGUGGCGAGGAGUACAUGCAAGUGUUAACAAGGGAGAUAAUGAUAAGGAUUUAGACAGCGAUGAUCAUAUGAUAAGGAGUAACAAUCGAGACUACUUGAGAGAUGUUUCUCCUCAUAUUUCACGCAUGAAAGCACCCAAAAUACACAAUUCCUUAUCUUGGAGAAGCCAAAAAAAUGCUCAUAUUGUGCGUCCAGAAGAUGCAGAGCUUAUUAGAACAGCAGCAUCUAGUUUAAAUAAAUAUGCUGAUGAUGGCAAUUUCUUCCAGAAAUUUAAUAAACCGCAAACAAAGGAAGUUGAUAAUUCAUCUGUAACCGUGGCUUUUGAGACUGAUAAAGUAUCUGCUGAAGAUUUAAGCACCAAAGGGGAAAAAACUUCGUCAGACUAUGCUUAUCAGCAAGAUGGCAUAGAAAAUGUUCCUCACAAAGCUGAGGCUACUUCUAUUGACCAUGCUGGAAUUGUACAUGGAUUAACUGCAAACCAAUUGGCAGCUAAGGCAAUGCAGCUACGUUUGAAGGGAAAGCAUGCUGAGGCAGACCAACUGUUGAAAGAGUCACAAAACGUUGCAAAGGCAUGCAACUCUACUGAAGAAAAUGCCGUGAAUCGAGUAGAUAAUGGCAGAUCUGAUUUGAAGAAGAUCAGUGCGUGGGCCAAGCAAAGAGCGGAAGACGAUGGAGACUCACAUUUGGCUUCAUUGAUUAUGCGUAACAAACAGUUCAGAAAUGAUUCUCGGGCUGCAGAUGAUGAGUAUGAUUUCGAUAACAUUGCAGGUAGAAAAAAAGAAAAGAAUGCAGUUGUAACACAACAACCAGGCAAGAAAGCAACAGUUAAAAUUCAGAAGCGCAUUUUAACCCAGCAAGAGCGUUGCAAUCUCUGUUUUGAUAAUCCUUCAAGACCAAAGCAUCUAACAAUAUCAAUUGCAAAUUUCACAUACCUAAUGCUUCCUCCAUGGGAACCAGUUGUUCCUGGGCAUUGCUACAUUUUACCAUUACAGCAUGAAGCAUCGACUAGAAAUCUUGAUGACAAUGUGUGGGAAGAGAUUCGCAACUUCAAAAAAUGUCUUCUCAGGAUGUUUGCAGCAGAGGAAAAGGAUGUACUGUUUCUUGAAACUGUGAUGGGUUUGGUGCAGCAACGGCGGCAUUGUGUGGUUGAAUGUAUUCCUGUGCCUAGUGAUAUUGCUAAGGAAGCACCAAAUUACUUUAAGAAGGCAAUUGACGAAGCCGAAGAUGAAUGGAGUCAGCACAAUGCCAAGAAGCUGAUUGAUACUAGUGUCAAGGGUUUGAGAGGUUCCAUUCCAAAAAAUUUCCCUUAUUUUCACGUAGAAUUUGGUCUGCAGAAAGGCUUUGUCCAUGUUAUUGAUGAUGAAAAGAACUUCAAGAGUCAAUUUGGCCUCAAUGUCAUCAGGGGCAUGCUACAACUUCGAGAGGAGGAUAUGUAUCGGCGUAGACAGCAAGAGACUGUUGAAAUGCAACGCAAAGCUGCAUCAGACUUUGCAAGGAGAUGGGAAGCAGUUGAUUGGACAAAGAUGCUGGACUAACUGUGGUUUUAUUUAACAUGAAAAAUUUAAGUGAGAAUUGUAUUAUGCUGUAAUAUUAGUUUAAAAUAAUUUUUAUAAGCUGCCUUUUGUGUAUUUUGAUCCAAUCUGUCAAUUUGCGUGUAGUACAAUUCAGAUUCCUUAGUAAAUUGGACUUUGGUUUGAGGUUC